AUGACUAUUCUUCCAGGCUAUUCUCCUCGAGAGGGGGAGACUUUUCCACAUCAACCUGUUUGCCACCUCCACAAGUCAAUCUAUGGGUUGAAACAAGCUUCCCGACAGUGGUUUCAUAAGUUUUCACGAACAUUACUUCAAGAAGGCUUCUAUCAGUCACAAUGUGACUAUUCUCUAUUUGUCAGACAACAAGGUGAAACCUUUUUAGCAUUGUUGGUUUAUGUCGAUGACAUUGUUAUUGCCAGUAAUGACGAUCAAGCUGUCGAAGAACUCAAAGGUACACUCAAACAAAAACUUAAAAUGAAAGAUUUGGGAACUUUCCGAUAUUUUCUUGGACUUGAAAUUGCAAGAAAUGACACAGGAAUCACUUUGUGCCAAAGGAAAUAUGCAUUGGAUCUCUUAACUGAGACUGGAUAUCUUGGUUGUAAACCCUCAUCUAUUCCUAUGGAUCCUAAUAUCAAAAUGUUUAAAGAUGAUGGCGAGCUCCUGAGUGAUAUCACCAGCUAUCGACGACUAAUUGGAAAACUGUUGUAUUUAACCAUCUCUCGCCCUGACAUAUGCUACUCUGUCAAUAGAUUGAGUCAAUUUCUGGCUACUCCUAGAACCAGUCACCUCCAAGCCGCCUUACGGAUUCUCCAGUACAUCAAGAGAACCCCUGGACAAGGUCUUUUCUUUCCUUCAUCAUCUGCCAUUCAGAUUAAGGCCUUUUCUGAUGCUGAUUGGGGGACAUGUCCGGAUACUAGAAGAUCCCUCACUGGUUUUUGUGUUUUCCUUGGGUCUUCAUUAGUCUCAUGGAAAUUAAAGAAACAACAAGUCGUUUCUCGGUCAUCUGCGGAAGCCGAAUAUCGCUCCAUGGCCAACACUACUUGCGAAAUUGUUUGGACUCUGAAGCUGUUGCGUGACUUAAAAGUUCAACACCAAGGCCCUGCAUUACUUUACUGUGAUAAUCAAGCUGCUCUACAUAUUGCUUCAAAUCCAAUGUAUCAUGAAAGAACAAAACACAUUGAACUUGAUUGUUAUUUUGUUCGUGAGAAGAUUCAAGAUGGUACCAUGAAGACGAUGCACAUAUCCACUCGAAAUCAACUGGCAGAUUUAAUGAUAAAGGCCCUUCAUCCUGCACAAUUCGCCAAUUUACUGAGUAAGAUGGGCACAAUAAAUCUGUACCUUCCAUCUUGA